GUUAUCAUAAACAUAUUCUGGUGUCAAGAUGUCAAGAGACGUAGGUACCUAAAUUAUAAUUCAAAUUCAAUUCAGUAGUAUUUACGCCUUCUAUUUGAACGGGUACCUACUUGGUUAAUAAAUUAAAAAAUAUAAUGGCGAUCAAAGUAACAAGAUGUUGGUAUAAAACUUUAAACAGGAGAUACGCAAGCGCCUUGCCGAAAUGUGAUUUUACACCAAAUAAAUACCAUGGUCCAUCAAUCUCAGAGACGGAUAGUAUAAAAGCUGAGAAAAUACCUUCAGUUAUGUACAACUUGUACAAGCGGCCCAUUAUGCUCCACCAGGGGCACAUGCAAUGGUUGUUCGAUCAUGAGGGCAGACGGUACCUUGAUCUGAUCGGAGGCAUCGUCACCGUCUCCGUGGGGCAUUGUCAUCCGAAAGUGUCUGCUGCACUACAUAAACAAAUCGAUACUCUCUGGCACACUACAAAUAUUUACAGGCAUCCAAGAAUUUAUGAGUACAUUGAGAAAUUGACUUCCAAAUUUCCAGGAGAUCUGAAGGUAGUCUACUUGGUGAACAGUGGCACAGAAGCAAACGAUCUGGCUACAGUCCUAGCCAAGGCAUACACGGGAAACCAUGAUAUAAUUUCUCUCCAGAGUUGUUACCACGGCUACUCCAGUGCCUUGAUGGGUUUGACAGCCUCGCAGUCGUACCGAAUGCCAUUGCCAGUCCCGGCUGGUAUUCAUCAUGCAAUGCUACCAGACCCCUACCGUGGUAUUUGGGGUGGAUGUAGAGACUCGAUAUCACAAGUACCGGAUGCGUGUUCUUGUGUUGGUGACUGUGAUACUUCGGACAAAUACAUCCAUCAGCUCAAAGAGCUUUUAGAGAAUUCAGUGCCAGCUGGAAAAGUGGCUGCACUUUUUGCAGAAUCAAUCCAAGGAGUGAAUGGAGGCGUGCAGUUUCCGAAAGGAUAUAUUAGGAAAGCUAGAGAACUAAUACGUAAAUAUGGCGGACUGUAUGUUGCUGAUGAGGUGCAAACAGGUUUUGGUCGUACCGGCGACGCGUUUUGGGGUUUUGAGACUCACGGAAUUGUACCAGACAUUGUGACUAUGGCAAAAGGAAUUGGUAAUGGCUUCCCCUUAGCAGCGGUGGUUACUACUAAGGAAAUAGCUGAUGCUCACAAUAAAGCCUCGUAUUUUAAUACGUUCGGGGGAAACCCAAUGGCUGCUGCAGUUGGAAAAGCUGUUUUGGAAGUGAUAGAAGAAGAGAACCUUCAGAAAAACUGUAAAGAAACUGGCAAAUACUUCAUAGAACAACUAAUGGCAUUGCAAAAGGUCCACCCCAUGAUUGGGGAUGUGCGUGGUAAAGGUCUUAUGUUAGCCCUAGAACUGGUCGAGCCAGGAACCAAGGAUCCAUUGAAGAGAAGUGACUUUGUCGAUAUUAUGGAAAUGAUCAAGGAUUCUGGCGCUCUUAUUGGUGCAGGAGGGCGGUGGGGCAAUGUUCUCAGAAUUAAACCGCCGAUGUGUAUCAACAAGGAGGACUUCAUAUCAAAAGUAGUAAAAUGUGAAGAAACUAAAGAGCCAAUCGUGGACUAUGGAAAAGUAUCAAAGUUCGAGGGAUAUCAAGUAACACUGGAGAACACUAUCCUCUUCCCAGCAGGGGGCGGCCAGCCACAUGACAUAGGUUGGUUGAACAACACAGAGGUGCUCCAAGUGCUUCGCAAGGGUGAUGAAGCUCUACAUUUCACACGAGAACCACUGGAAGUGGGCACUGAGGUGGCUCAGAGGAUAGACUGGACAAGACGGUUUGAUCACAUGCAGCAGCACUCAGGUCAGCAUUUGCUCUCAGCCAUUCUGGAAAAAGAACAUAACUUACCCACAACAAGUUGGUGGCUGGGGGCAGAAGAGUCUUAUGUUGAACUUGACUCUACCAGCAUUGCAGAGAGUGUUGUAAAAGUUGUUGAGGAGAGGUGCAAUGACUUGAUACGUAGAGCCAUACCUGUAUCUGUGAAGAUGUGUAAAGCCAAUGAUCCUAAUUUAGAUGAGGCACACACGCGGGGCCUUCCUAAGGACUGCAUGGACACAAUCCGAGUGAUUUGCAUCGGCGACAUUGACGAGAAUAUGUGCUGCGGUACACAUGUCUCUAAUUUGAGCCAACUUCAAACUAUCAAGUUACUAGGAAUAGAAGCAGGGAAGAAAGGCAAGACAAACCUCAAGUUCCUAGUGGGCAAUCGAGUCACCAACACAUUGCAACGGAUGUUGGACAGAGAGAAAGCCCUCAAUGCACUAUUGAAGAAUGAACCAACUAAACACGAGGAACUAGUCUCAAAACUUCAAAAAAAUCUAAAAAUCACUAACAAAAAUCUCCAAAACGUCCUAUCAGAGUUAGCAGAGCAUGAAAUUAACAAAGUCAAAAGUGCCAACCCUAAACCAAAAUACUUGUUUAUGUACAAGAAAGAGGCCACCCCUGAAUUUAAUCGAGCUAUAUGCAAGGGUUUGGAGAAAGAAGGGUUGUUUAUGUUUUUGGUAUCGGAGGACCCGGACAAACCAAAAGAAGGACAGAUUAUAAUACAAGGACCAGAAGAACAUUGCAAUGCUUUGGGACAACAAAUAACGGAACUUUUAAAAGGCAAAGGUGCAUUUAAAAACGGCAAGUUUCAAGGCAAAGCUGGCGAUUUGAGUGGACUCAAUAAAUGCAAGAAGUUGGUAGAAGAUUACUUUAAUUCACAAUAAAAAAUAUUAUACAGAUA